CGCAUGCGCAGUACACAGUGACGUUCAGCGCAGCGUUGUCUGGGCUCGGCGGAUCUGCUGCUUGUUUACGGGAGCUGUGAGCUGUUAUCCAGCGCUAGCCGGCCUGUUUUAGCUCCAGCCGCGACCCACAGGAUUAUUCUGGCGGUCAGUCGGCAGUUAUGAGCGGCCACGAAGCGCUGGAGCUGUUUUAAACGGAACAUGUUUGUGAGGGAGCUUCGCUAGUGGACAGUCCCCGGAUGUCAGGAUGAACUGGAUUUUCCCGCUGUCCAAGGGCUCUGGAGCUGUUCCGCCUCCUAUCAACAGCUUACAGAAACAGAGGCAGCGGCAGAUCGAGUCUCUGAAAGCUGCUCACUCCAAUAUUGCAGAAAUCCAGAAAGAUGUGGAGUACAGAAUUCAUUUUACAGUCAACAAUUCCACCAUCAGUGUCAACAUUUUGCUUCCACCACAGUUCCCUCAAGAAAAGCCGGUUGUCAGUGUGUAUCCGCCAGUGGGGCAUCAUUUAGUGGAUAGCAACAAUGGAACCGUGGUCACCAGCCCCCUCAUUACGAAUUUUGGAAUGCACUCAGACCUAGGAAAAGUAAUCCAGAGCUUGCUGGAUGAGUUCUGGAAGAGUCCACCCGCUCUGAUGCCUGGAGCACCCUCUUUUCCUUUUAUGUACAAGCCGUCUGGGAUGCCCCCAUAUCCUGCACAGAACUUUCAUUUUGUCCCUGCCUUCCCGGCGCAAGACGGCCAACGGCCCAUGGUUCCCUCCCCAGUACCACCAUCCUCAGGUGUGGAGCUUCAGCAGUCCCAGCCACGCCCACCAGCACCAACUUAUGGGCUCAUCACGGACCUUCCACUACCUGUCCCCACCUCUGAUUCACAGACAGGACUAAACGGGCACAUUUACAAGAUGCCCGAAAUCCCAGAAUCAUUUCCAGGACUUUCAGAGAUAAGUGUGUCCCAGCUGAAAGAUAUGAAUGAUAAAGACGAUGUGCUUUUAGAGUUCUUUGCGUCUCUUCCUCAACUCAAGCAGGUCUCGUCUGAUAAAGAGGAUCUGGUCAACAGUAUUGUUGCCAUGGCCAAAAAAAAUCUGCAUCUGGAGCCUCAGCUGGAGGGCAAAAGACAGGAAAUGCUUUUCAAAUUUGAUCAGCUGACCCAAAUGAAGUCAGCAUUCCAGACAAAGAUGCAGAGACAGCACGAGCUCAGUGAGAGCUGCAGCCUGAGUGCCCUGCAGGCCAGGUUAAAGGUCGCAGCCCACCAGGCUGAAGAGGAGUCAGAGGAGACGGCCGAGAGCUUUCUGGAGGGAAAGACGGAUAUCGACGAUUUUCUCACCAGCUUCAUGGAGAAGAGAACGCUUUGCCACAGCAGAAGAGCAAAAGAAGAAAAGCUUCAGCAAGCCAUCAACUCUCAUGGGCAGUUCCCCUCUGGACACUAGAGCCGGCUUGCCACUGCCCUAGGUUUGGGAACGGUCCUCCAGCAGAACAUUUGCCUUCACAAGAAUCCCAGAAGUCCUACUGUCAGAGCAAAGCCAGAACCUUGUGAAACUUGAGUUCUUGAACUUGUGGCCGGAUGACCAAUGAGGACCCGGCAGCGCCGAUUCAGGACUUCUAGAACUGGAGUUUGCGACAGCUUGCGUUCUACAACUCCUGUGACCUUUUAGACUUUAAACUUGCCCUAUUUGACAGUAGUCGGAAGAGUGGAAGAUUGUUCUCUGAAACUAGACAGCCUUUCAAGCUCCUAUUAGUACACAGUUUCUCUUUGGGAUGGGUUUCUUUUAGGGAUGGGACUUCUCUACGCACUUGAAGACGAAUUUGAAUUGUGUUGAUGCUGCCAGAUAAUUCACAACAACAAAAAAAAACAAAUACUGUAUUUAAUAAUGUUGAUAAUAGGCUUUAUUAUAAUAAGACAUUGUAUUAUAUGUUUAUUUAAUUUGAUAGAUUAAUAAAACAUUUAGAAUAA